GUAAGGCAUAUCCAAAAUAAAUAUGUAAAGAAGAAAAAUAAAAGUUGUCUUCAUGGAAGCAACUUGUCUUCCUUGAUUGUACUAAGUUAACAGUUAUCCUAAGGGUAAAAAGUUGAUGCUGCUGAGAACCCAGUGCCCCCAGCACAGGGUUUAUGUGGCAGGUGCUGUUACUUCUCUUGGGCAGAAUCAGAGUGUAGACAGAAGCAAACCCAGCUCACUUGUUUCCUGGGACAGUUGAGUUAGGAGAUGGCCUUUGCAGAGCACUCACCGCUGACCCCUCAUCGCCGGGACCUCUGUAGCCGCUCUAUCUGGCUAGCAAGGAAGAUUCGUUCAGACCUGACUGCUCUUUUGGAAUCUUAUAUGAAGCAUCAGGGCCUGAACGAGAACCUAAACCUGGACUCUGUGGAUGGUGUGCCAAUGGCAAGCACUGAUCGGUGGAGUGAACUGUCUGAGGUAGAGCGACUCCAAGAGAACCUCCAAGCUUAUCGCGCUUUCCAUGUUAUGUUGGCCAGGCUUUUAGAAGACCAGCGGGUUCAUUUUACUCCAACUGAAGGGGAUUUCCAUCAAGCAAUACACACCCUUCUACUCCAGGUUGCUGCCUUUGCUUACCAGCUGGAGGAAUUAAUGAUGCUCCUGGAACACAAAAUCCCCCCCAAUGAGGCUGAUGGGAUACCUGUCUUUGGAGAUGGUGGCCUCUUUGAGAAGAAGCUGUGGGGCCUGAAGGUGUUGCGAGAGCUUUCACAGUGGACAGUGAGGUCCAUCCAUGACCUUCGACUCAUUUCUUCUUAUCAGACUGGGAUUCCAGCACGUGGGAGCCAUUAUAUUGCUAAUGACAAGAAAAUAUAGCAGUUAUCCCUCUUCUCUCUCCUUCGUUAUAUUUCUAAUGGAGUAUGCACAGUUCCUGAGGCCUCACUUUCCCAUUCUUAAGUUUUGAAAGGUCGACCGUUUUCUGACCCAUGAGACCAUAAAUAUUUUCAUCAAGCAGGGGUGGAGCCCUGGACAAAUGGGCAUCCAGGUUUAAUCUGGUGUGUGUGUGUGUGUGUGUGGUGUGUUGGGGCCCUGUGGGUGUGGGGGCAAGGGCUGUGUCCUUCCAUUUUAGUGUUCUAACCUUUCUACUCACUGAAUCAACUCUACAAGUAUUUAACAGCCUUACAGGAUAAACCUAAGUUUAACUUUAGUCCUAGAUGGCUUUUCUGGGAAAAUUGAGACAAUGAAUUAAAAAUCCUGGACUCUAGCCAAUUCAAACCCUUGGAUAAUAAAAAGAAGUAACUAACGUU